CUUCAAGUCAGAGAGUUGGCAUGUCUCUAUGCCAAGAAAUAUUGAAGCAAUGUUGGGUUCCUGCGUUGUCAUCCCUUGUACCUUUGACUACUAUCGGUACCCACCUCGGAGACCAGGUCGCAUUGUUUGGUACCAGUAUGUAAGACACGGAUAUCCUGUGGUUUAUGACGGUUGGAAUCCAAAUGAAGUCAUUCGCAUAUUCAGAGGAAAAACGAGUUUAGCAUCUUCUCAGUAUGGGAAGACAUGUAGCCUGGAGAUCUACCCAGUGACCUGGAGUCAUCACAGACAGACCAUUUACCCUUGGGUCGACCCAGAGAAUGUUGGGAGAAGCACCUACCGGUUCUUUGAUACAACUGUAACCAUUGACGUUGAGGACAGGGCAAAGGCACCAGAGAUCAUGAUCAGUGGAAACAUGAAGGUUGGAGAAAGUGUGACAGUGCAAUGCUCAGUUGAUCAUACUUGUCCCUCCUAUCCUCCUAGUUUGAGGCUCAGCUUCUCGUCGCUUAGCUACACUCCACAGACUAGGACCUCGACUCAGGGUACUAAAACUACCUUGGUAUCAACUGUGGUACUAGAGAGAGAUCACCAAAGUGUGGAGUGCACUGUCAGACACUUAGGUGGCAUCACGGCAAAAGCGACAAAAACGUUUAAUGCACAAUGCUCAUUUUUUCCACUGACCAUCAGGUCAUCCUCAAGUGAAUUUUUGGAGGGAAUUCAAAGCAAAGUGACCUGCACUGCCUCAUACACAUGCUCUCAACACAAUCCAGUUAUAUCAUGGAGCUACUCGGGAAUGCCCGUGUCCACUGAAACUAAGAGGGUGGGAGGGAAAACUAUGUGGAAUACUAUUUCAACUCUGUCUCUUAAAACCUCAUCUAAUGAUCAUGGAAAAACUCUGUGGUGUACUGCAAAAUUCUCUCAAGGGCAGACCCAGCAGGCAAGGAUCACCAUGUAUGUUAAAAGGAGUAUGUUUUCCUUGGGUUGGACUUUCUCUACUCCGAAAAGCAUCACUGGACUCAAAGGAUCGUGUGUCAUUAUUCCUUGCAAGUUCACCUACAAUAGUGGCAUACCCCCAAACCUCCAACUGAUUUGGUACUUGUACCAGGACUCUGGCUAUCCAGCAGUUUUUGACCAAAGAGGAGGAACAGUUGUCAGUAAAUUUAGUGGUAAAACAAGCUCAUUUGGAUCUACAGCUGGUGGAAAUUGUAGUCUGAAAAUUAACAGCCUUGAGUUAUCACAAAACUUAGUGAGACUCUACCCAUGGAUUGACAAGAACCCAAUCACUUCAUACCACUCUUCAGGCCACUCUUUUUAUGAAAAAACCACUCAACUUCUGGUAUCAGAACAUGCAAAAAAUCCACAAAUAUCCAUCAAUAGCAUCCCGAGAGUAGGAGAACAGAGCAGUGUGUCCUGCAACGCGGAAUACACCUGUUUUUCAGCUCCUCCCACCUUAUCUAUUGCUGGAAUACCUGGAACCGGCACCAUCAAAGACUCACUGGUAUCGGAUGGGAUUUGGAAAAGAACACUGGAGCAAACUUGGAAUGUAGAAGAAGACAGUAGUGUGACAUGUACAGUAAGCUAUCCCAGUGGUCAGAAAGCCACUGGACAGCAGCCGCUUAAUGUCGAAUGUCCAUAUGAUGACAUAAAGAUUUCUGAAAAACUGAUCAGUGCAACAGAAGGAGUGGCAAAGAGCAUCAUCUGUUCUGUAACCUACAAGUGCAAAAAAAAUACACCUCAUAUUGAUUGGAACUACGAAGACAUGCAAAAUACAAUAAGAAUUUCGAAGCUCUCCAAACACUCUUACAGUAUAGAAUCUAAUCUGACAUUUAUUGGGUCUUUGGAUGAUGACGGAAAAUCGUUGACGUGCACCGCACAAUUUACCUCUGGGAAGACCUCAGACUCUGCACUUCUUAAUAUAACAAAAUAUGUAAAACCCCCAGACGCUCCCUACAAGAUCCAUGGAUUUGACACGGCCCACCGGUUAGCUGCUGAGGUCCCUUUCAGGCUCCGCGCCCUGACUCGCUCCUGUGUUGUGAUCCCGUGCACUUUCUGGGACAAUGAACAUAUACCCAUGACCCGUGGCAUCUGGGCAAAAAGGGAUGGGGGCAUCGUCUUCCACAAUGGUCGAAGCCACGUCAUGGACCAUUUUAGGGACCGAACCAAAAUUGUUGGGGAUCUGAGUGAAAAAAGCUGCUCUUUGGAGAUCGACGACAUCAAACCCUUUGACAAUGGACCUUUCUGUUUUCACGCAGAGAGAGGGAACGAGAAGUACACAUUCAACAACAGUUGUGUGUUUAUUGUUAUGAAAGCUUCCCCAGAAAAGCCAGUGAUUACCGGAGUUCCAGCUGAAGUGGAUGCCGGUUUGGCUUUGACUGUCUCAUGCUCUGUUACACACACAUGUCCAUCACAUUCCCCAGAAAUUUCAUGGAGUGUCCCCCACACCUCUAGUGAGGUCUCAGAUUCCUUGAUGUCUGGAGGCAUCUGGCAAAGGACGUCAACCAUCCGCUUUAUAGUUGCUCCAGGGGAUGGGGUGAAAAAUCUAACCUGUACUGCCACCUUCUGGCGUGAAAAGAAAGGAGUCACUACAGCCGCUCUAACUGUUCAAGGGACUCUAAAGUACAAAAUGAGAACCUAUGCCCCAGCGGUCGUUCCAGUGUUACUGUUACUCCUCAUACUGGUUGCAGUUUUGGGGGUGUUUAUCUACAGGAAAAGAAAACAGGCUGCAAACCAACAGAAACCACCACCUCGACCAGAGAAAAGGCAUGGAGUUAAACCUUUCUUCUACCAUAGUUCAAAAACAACUCAUAAGGCAUAAGGCAUGCAUUUAACUGAACAGUUAAAUUCUUGAAAUGCUCCAUGAGCUCUAUAGAGGGAUGGAGCAAACAUUUUAAUGAACUAUGGCCAUGAUACUUACCCAUGGAGUGAGGGAUGUAUCCAAAACCAAACAGUCCACUGGGAUUUGGAAGAGCUUGAUCGGAAAAGCAAUCCAGAUCUAGUUUUGUAAUACAAAGAAAUCAAAGGGCCAGAGGCAGAGAUUAAGCCAGAGGCAGAAACCUAGCCAAAAAAAAAACCUAGAUGCAUUGCCUUGACUUGUCCUAACAAAACAAGAACUACAACAAGCUGGCAGUUUUGUAGAACUCUGAAACUUAAAUAGUGCUAGAUACACGUGAAUGGCGUGAGAAUAACCAGUGUCAAGAGUAUAAAAGUGAGGGAGCCAGCAAGCAGAAAACCAAGGCUAAGGUCCCCCAAAUAUUAAAUGUCACCCCUUGUGGGAUGAAGAAAUUCUGAUGUUAUCUUAAAAAAGUUAACAAUUUAAGAUAAAGUCUAAAAUUAUCUUCCUCAAAAUCUUCAGAAGAAAUCUUCCAGAAGGUGGAGAGAAACCUCCAAGGCCAGAAAAACGGUGGGUGAAAGACUGAAAAACUGGACCACAAUGCAUUUAAACUAAUAUUAAUUCUGAUACU